AUGAUUAUACUACAUCAGGCUGAUGGACGAGACGAUCGCGCAGUCGAUGUUGAAAUGACUAGCAAAGACUAUUAUUUCGACUCUUAUGCGCAUUUUGGGAUUCAUGAGGAAAUGUUGAAGGAUGAAGUGAGAACACUUUCUUAUCGCUCGUCCAUUUAUCAGAAUCGCCAUCUCUUUAAGGAUAAAGUCGUGCUAGACGUUGGCUGUGGAACUGGUAUUCUGUCGAUGUUUGCCGCAAAAGCUGGUGCUAAACACGUUUAUGGAAUUGAUAUGUCAAAUAUUAUUGAUCAAGCGCGUCAGAUCAUAAUCGAUAACCAUUUAGAUGAUAAAAUUACAUUGAUCAAGGGAAAAAUGGAAGAAGUCGAAUUGCCAGUUGAUAAGGUUGAUAUUAUUAUAUCAGAGUGGAUGGGAUAUUUUUUACUAUACGAAUCUAUGUUGGAUACCGUCUUGGUUGCUCGAGACAAAUACUUGAAACCUAAUGGCCUCAUAUUUCCCGAUAAAGCAACGAUAUAUCUGGCUGCUAUCGAAGAUGGUGACUAUAAAGAAGAAAAAAUCGGAUGCAAGGAACCUUUGGUAGACACGGUUGAUAGUAAAGCUAUAGUUACUAGUUCGUUUGCUAUUAAGGAAAUUGAUAUUAAUACGGCUCAAAAAUCAGAUUUAACCUUUUCCGCACCUUUCAAAUUAACCGCCAUAAGAGAUGACUACAUUCAUGCUUUUAUCGCAUGGUUUGAUAUUACUUUUUCAGCAUGUCAUAAACCGAUCCGUUUUAGCACAGGGCCACAUUCCAAAUAUACUCAUUGGAAACAAACAGUUUUUUAUACAACUGAUUCUAUUACUAUCAAGAGCGGUGAAACUGUUACUGGUACAUUAUCUUGCGCACCUAAUAAGAAGAAUAACCGAGAUUUAGAUAUCGAAAUAUCGUAUGAAUUUUCAGGCGAAGCAAGUAGUUGCUCAGAGACUUGUAGAUAUAAGAUGUGA